AUGUCUUCUAUCUCACUAAUGCCACAAUCCAACAACUCUUCCACAAAUUCCCCGACCAACUCCCUCAAUACUGGUCACAACUCACAUAUAUCAUCAAAUAAUUCAUUAACAUCAACAGUAAAGACCCAAAAUGCCCCUACAAACACACCGAACUACUUGGCAACAACUUCCCUUGCCAAUAUACCUCUUAAAACGGAGUCAAAUCUCCCCCCCUUUCCCCCCCUCUCUCCCGGCAAUACCCUUACCUUUUCACCCAAUUCUCUCCUAAACAACACCCUCCCCCAACCCAUAAAUGGAGUGUUGCCUAGACCCCCCAUGCCAUUCCAGGCUCAUUUACAACUCGUUACAAGCGCUCUCAUGCUGCUGAAUAGUUUGGAAAAAAAUAACCCCGAGUUUGCAAAAGUAUACGCUCACCACUUGGGACUAGUAAAACAAGCGAAGACAACGUCAGAACUUGAAAAAUACUAUUUUCUAAUAUUCGCAUUGAAAUAUCGGGAACAACAUAAGGAGGAGAAUAUACUACCAGAACUAGUGUCAAAAUUGACAUUCAUGGCAAAUAACACCGAUUCCAAGUUACCUGACUGCAUCGACACCACAGGAGGAGUUGUAUUUGACGAAUUUUGGGGUUCAGGAAAUUUAGUUUCUGGCCGUCCUUUGGGCCGCUGGGUUGCUUGUUGGGAACAUAAUGGCAGAUACUUCAGGCGUGGAUUCCCCGUAGCUUUAUUUGGCUACAAUGGGGCCAAAGAAUUGGCUGAAAGCUACUGGGUCGAACGAAAACGUGCGAUACAGCUAUCCACGCAUAAUAUGGAUGUUGAACCUGUUAAAGUUAAGAAGAUUAAGGUACAAAAUAGAGUUCCGAAGCAGCAGCCAAACAAGAUUAGCGAGGAUUCUGGCGAUUUGCUUAGGUUUGACCAAACAAAUGGAAAAUGGUAUUUUGAAAGUCUGGAUGGUAAACAGUAUUUCAAUACACAACAGGAAGCAAUCGAAGCAUUUAGGGCUAUGAGGAUAAAGGUUUUGAAGAGUUACACUGAAUGUCAGAUGCCCGGUGUCAAUUUCGAGAAAAAUCGUAUCUGCUGGUGCGUUUCACAUUGGGUACCAAGUAAAAAAGUACGACGUAACAGAUAUUUCAACAUAAAUAAAUAUGGGUGGAAAAGGGCUAAAUCACUAGCCAUCACUUACAAGCAAUUGGUGGACAAAAUGGAGGGGGAAGAGCCCAGCGAAAAAAUGGUUUUCGAACAAGCAGAUCCAAAUAACACAAUGCCAAAUUUCAUAAUCGCUAUUCUAGAGGAGAUUAGAUACAAGCCAAUGUCGUUAUCUGAAGAUCGUAGAAGCGACAAAUUAUCAUCAGCUGCAAUUACAUCAUCUGGUACCACACCUAUACCUAUGGUUGAGAAUAUAUCGGAUGAACUGGUUUCUAGGAGUUCAAAUAUAGAACCGAAAGUGCAGACAACACAGCAAAUUCAUGGAAUUGGCUCACCAAAGUCCACCCACGCCCCAUCACACACUCCUUUUGUAUCAAAUUUCCAAUUGCCCAUUUCCCCAGAUACUGCACCUUCCGUAGCGGGAUCUACCCUUUUGUCUUCAAGCCCAAAGUCACAAUCGCUGCCUCAACCGCAUCCAAAUUUUCAGACAAUGUACCUUCCAUAUCAGCAGCAAUUGCAUACACAGAUUCCCCAUCAAAAUUCACAAUUCGUAAAUGCAAAUCCAAACAUGAUCACCAAACACACGGUUACUACUAAUGCGAGUGCCGGUGGCAAACCCAGCAUAAAAUUUGUGCAAAAGGGGACACUACCACACGAGGGCGAAUGGGAAGUGACCUGGACGUACGGAGGAAAUGAGAUGAAUCGGAAAUUUAGCACAUACCACAUGGGGCCUGAAGACGCCAAAAAUAUGGCUUUUAUAUUCCUAUCCCAAUUGCAAUCGCAACAUUCAUCAACCCACAUCCACUGCCCCCAGCAUUAA